AGUAGCUCCCUAGAGUUAAUCCUUAAAGCCCUAAGGUCUCUUAAGAAGGGGAUAAAGGUAAUUAUACAUCGGGUUACCUUAUUAGCUAUUAAGAAUAAAGACCUUCGGGAGGUAAAUAAGAUACUUAGUCGGCGCCAGAGGGCAAAAAGAACCUAG